UGAAUGAGAGUUCCGAAAGGGACUCUUCGAGUACUCUUCAAUACAGCUCCGUUCACGUUGGAGUUCGCUACACUUCAAAUUAAUACAUGUUAAGCGAAUAAUAAUAACCUUCAAGAAAUGGAUUCGCAUGGGAUUAAACGCUCUUUACUUUUCUUUGUAUUUAUUAACCUUGUAUUUAUCACUCUACAAUCUAAAGAAGAAGUGCUGUUGGACAUGAAGUCCUCUGGAGGUGAGCUUGGCUGGUUGACCUCGCCAUAUGAUGAAGGGUGGGAGAUCGUGCAGACCGUGGUGAACGGCUCCUUGCUCUACACGUACUCGGUGUGUAACGUGGUGGAGGGCGAGCAGGACAACUGGCUGCGCACCACCUUCAUCCAGCGCCGGCCGUCCGCCGCGCGCGUCUUCGUGGAGCUGCAGUUCGUGGCGCGGGACUGCAACUCGUUCGGCGGGGCCUCGCUCACCUGCAAGGAGACCUUCAACCUUUUCUACGCCGAGUCGGACGCCGACAUCGGCACCAGCUUCCGCAAGGGCCAGUUCCGCAAGGUGGCCACCAUCGCGCCCGACGAGAUCACGGGCCGCGGCGAGCUCAACGUGAACACCGAGACCCGGACGGUCGGCCCGCUCUCCCGAAAGGGCUUCUACCUGGCCUUCCAGGACAUCGGGGCGUGCGUGGCGCUCCUGUCCGUCAGGGUGUACUACAAGACCUGCCCGGCCACCGUGCAGAGCCUGGCGGCCUUCCCGGAGACGGUGGCGGGGGCCGAGAGCCAGGCCCUGCAGGAGGUGUCCGGGGCCUGCGUGGAGAACGCCGUCAGCAAGGAGCGUCCGCGCAUCUACUGCACCACCGACGGCGAAUGGGUGGUGCCAGUGGGCCAGUGCCAGUGUCGUCCCGGUUACGAGACUGUCGGUGACUCCUGCCGAGCAUGUCGUCCUGGAUAUUUCAAAGCCUCUGAAUCUGGCAAGCUGUGUGAACCGUGCCCCAAAAACGCCCAGGCGUCAUCCGCUGGCAGCAUCUCCUGCAUCUGCAAGGAGGGCUUCUACCGCGCCCCCGCCGACCCCAGCACAGUGGCGUGUUCCGCUCCGCCCUCUGCUCCGCUCGACCUGGUUGCCACGACGGCGGGCGGGAAGCUGGAGCUGUCGUGGAGCGCGCCGGCGGAGACGGGCGGGCGGGACGACCUGGAGUACGCGGUGACGUGUGAGCACUGCGACGGCGAGGCCUGCCUGCCCUGCGGGGAGCGCGUGCGCUUCGAGCCCCGCCCCUCCGGCCUCAGCGAGCCCUGGGUCACCGUCAGCGAUCUGGAGCCCCACCUCAACUACACCUUCACCGUGGAGGCGCGCAGCGGGGUCUCCCCGUUCAGCACCCAGAGAGCCACCAGCACCCUGACCACGGCCCUGCGCUACACAGAUCCGCCCAAGGUGCUGUCGAUGCGGCUGGACGAGCGGAGCGCCAGCAGCCUGUCGCUGUCCUGGGCCGUGUCCCGCCGCGCCCAGCCCCACAGCGGCCUGCGCUACGAGCUCAUGUACCGCAAGAAGGAGAACGACGGGGAGAAGGACGUGACCACGUACACCGUGCUGGUUCUGGAGAAGAGCUCGGUCCAGAUCAGCGACCUGGCGCCGGGGACUGUCUACGUGUUCCGGGUCCAGGCGCUGAGUCCGGAGGGAAACCCGGGAAGCAGCAGCAUGGAGCGGGAAUUCCAGACACUUCCUGAGAUGGAGGCCCAGUCGUCGACUCCUGUCAUCAUGGGGGCCGCGGUGGGGGGCGGAGUCAUGCUGCUGGUUGUCGUGGUGAUCCUGCUGCUUCAUAGACGGAGGAGGAACACUCAUGCCAGACAGGGCCCGGAGGAUGCCUACUUCUCCAGCUCAGAGCAACUCAAGCCGCUGAAGACCUAUGUUGACCCCCACACGUACGAGGACCCCAACACAGCCGUCCUCAAGUUUGCCAGCGAGAUUCAUCCAAGUCAUGUUGUUAAGCAAAAGGUCAUCGGAGCUGGCGAGUUUGGGGAGGUGUACCGCGGGGUGCUGAAGGUGCCGGGGCGCAAGGAGGCGGCGGUGGCCAUUAAAACCCUGAAGCCGGGCUACACAGAGAAACAGCGGCAGGACUUCCUGAGUGAGGCCAGCAUCAUGGGCCAGUUCUCCCACCAGAACAUCAUUCGCCUGGAGGGGGUCGUCACCAAAUUCAAGCACGCCAUGAUCAUUACGGAAUACAUGGAGAACGGGGCUCUGGACAACUAUCUGAAGGAUCAUGACGGGGAGUUGCCGUCGUACCAGCUGGUGGGCAUGCUGCGGGGCAUCGCGGCGGGGAUGAAGUACCUCUCCGACAUGAGCUACGUGCACCGCGACCUGGCCGCCCGCAACAUCCUGGUCAACAGCAACAUGGAGUGCAAGGUGUCCGACUUCGGCCUGUCCCGCGUGCUGGAGGACGACCCCGAGGGGACCUACACUACCAGCGGAGGAAAGAUCCCUAUCCGCUGGACUGCGCCCGAGGCCAUCGCCUACAGGAAGUUCACCUCGGCCAGUGACGUGUGGAGCUUCGGCAUCGUCAUGUGGGAGGUCAUGGCCUUCGGCGAGAGGCCAUACUGGGACAUGAGCAACCAUGAGGUGAUGAAGGCCAUUAACGAGGCCUUCCGGUUGCCGGCGCCCAUGGACUGCCCGUCGACGGUGUACCAGCUGAUGCUGCAGUGCUGGCUGCAGGACCGCUCCAAGAGGCCACGCUUCACCGACAUCGUCAGCCUGCUGGACAAGCUGCUGAGGAGCCCCGAGUCGCUCAAAACCAUCGCUGACUUCGACCCCCGAGUGUCCAUCCGCCUGCCCAGCACCAGCGGGUCGGACGGCUCCCCCUUCAGGUCGGUGUCGGAAUGGCUGGAGUCCAUCAAGAUGAGCCAGUACAGCGAGAACUUUGCGUGUGCGGGCGUCAUCUCCAUGGAGCAGGUCCUGCAGAUGAAGAACGAGGACAUUCGCAACAUCGGGGUGAGACUUCCGGGUCACCUGAAGAGGAUAGCCUACAGCAUCCUGGGACUGAAAGACCAGACCAGCUCGCUCAGCGUCUUCGCGGUGUGACCGGACCUGAGCCCUCCCGGGGCGGGAGCUCCUGCACUGAACUGGGCCGCGGGCCGGCCGGGCUGGGUGGGGCUCCCCAGCCCAAAGUAAAGGCCCUGUAAACAUGACUGAAGAGGCCCCACCAAUCCGGCCACGAUGGACUAGAGACCUCAGCCCAACUCGCUGUACUUAUACCAUGGAAAAGGGAGAUUUAAAAGCCUCAAAAAGGACAAAAAUAAGCUUUUAUAUAUAUCAGACUUUUUUAUAUUAACUGACUAUAUUUGCUAUACAUACCUUUUUAUAGCAUCUUGUACAGUUUUUCUUGUGCAGUUUUUUAAGCAUGAUGUACGAAAGAUCAGUAGAUUGUAAACACUACAUAGGUUCAUCUAAUUGGCUGCCCUGCAGAAUGUAGUUUGAAUGUGGAGUGAUUUCAGAUGCCUUGGGGAAAUUUGCCAUGCUUGUGUAUUGUUUUUAGACUGGGAAGUUGCAGUCUUGAAGGGAUUUGCUGAUUUAUGCCGGGAGCUCUGUGUGCGUAAUUGUGCAAAUCAUGUAAAGCGUGACUCAGCGGGCAGUACGUCUAGCUGUGUAGACAUACAGACAUGCUGUUUUUUAGCCCUGGUGGACUGCCAGCCACAUUUACCUGAAAUCAUGAGAAAUUCUUUAGAGCACUCUGCUGCAUAAGGACGGCCAUGUUGAACGCAAACCGCGUUCACAGCAAGAGCAGCUUCAGGUUCAGCGGGGCUUCUGUAGGCCCCGGGCCCUGGUGUGGGCUGGCCUCCUUACUUGCCUGUUGUGAUGCUUCACGAUGGUGGGAUUUACUCCACUUUGUUUGUGGGAGCAGGGAAGAGCAUUAUUUCCUGAUAUUUCAUUUAGAAACCUACGUCUUAUGUGAUGCAGUGUGAUGGCCAGACUGCAGGUUCUUGAAGCUCUGUAAGCACUUACUUUGUUGGCUCAUGUCCUCUCAGAAAACAGAAUUGUUCACCCUGAUGUUCAAGACAUCUGGUGACUUACCUGGAGCUGAGAAACUACAUCCGUCUGAAAAUUAGCCUGUUCACACAAAAUGUGUUGGUCCGAAUGAAUGGCCAAAACCUCUUAGAAUAAGUGAAUAACUUGAAUAAGUGAAUCUGGAUUUGGGGAUUCUCAGUUCUCCAGUAUCGGUGUGACUGCUCUCUGCCGGAAGACAUUUGCUGUUCUGUUGAGACUGAUUUUUACUGAAGGGCAGUUACAUUUCUUUCUUCCUACACAAAAAAAACAUUGGUGACCUCCAUCAGAAAAAAAAUGCAGUUGUAUUACUUGAUAAAACAUUAUCUUUUUGAGGAUGGUGUGGUUGCUCCUUCCAUAUGUAAAUUAUUUUAAUCAAUAUUCCAAACUGAAAGAGAGUAGCCCAUUUUUUGUGUUAACUUUAUUUAAUAUUUAUUUCACUUUUUUAUUUAUUGUUUAAAAACACUUAUGUUGGGACUUGUUUGUAAUGAAAUUUAUUUUUCUGUUCCAAUAAAAUUUUUUGUCUAA